AUGACCUCCGAAGAAGUUGAACCAACGCAAAACAACAACAAGACGGUUCCUGAGCCACUGUCCACGUUUUCAUCACUACCAGACGAAAUCAUAGAGAACAUUCUUGCUCGUGUCUCGAGAUGGCAUUACCCAUCGCUCUCUCUAGUCUCAAAGAGAUUCCACACUCUCUUAUCUUCUAAAGAGAUCUACAAGACGCGAUCUCAAAUAGGAGCCACAGAAACAUGCCUCUAUGUCUUGUUAAAGUUGCCUUUUCACCCAUGUGCGAGCUGGUUUAGCCUUCGGACGAAACCUAAUAACCAAGACUCAAGUGGGAUGUCGGUUGUUCCUAUACCUUCUCCUCCUACCGAUUAUUUUCCCCUACUACGUUCCAUGAAAACGUUUGGUUCGUACAUUUACCUAAUCGGUGGACACUACUUUGAACCGUCUUCCUCGGUUUCGAUCUUGGAUUGUCGGAGUCACACUUGGCGUGAUGGCCCUAACAUGUCCGUGACUAGAAAGAGUCCGCAUACAGUUUUACUCGAUGAGAAAAUAUAUGUGAUGGGAGGUUGCGAUAUUGACAAGUAUUAUGCCAACUGGAUUGAGGUAUUUGAUCUAAAAACUGAGUCCUGGACAGCCUUUCCUGGUCCUGACGUUGAUGAGAUACGCAACCACAUACGCCAAAUAGGCCAAAGAGGUUGUGCCUAUAUAGUUACUGUGUUCGAAGGGAACAUCUACUUAGUGGUUGAUGAUAAGGAAUACACUUACAAGCCGAAAGAUGGAACAUGGAAACUUGUAAAAGAGAUAUCGAGUUUCCUAUCCGAUGAUUCCAUUGAGGCUUGGUGUGAGAUUGGGAAGGUGAUAUGUUGUUGCACUGACUCCGGUUAUUUAAUGUGGUCUGCCUCUGAGAUUGAGGGUAGAGUGUGGAGAGAGAUCAAGGGUUUGGAAAAACUGCGUGAACAUCCUACAAGAGUUUUAACAACUGGGUAUGUGUUUGCACUGUUGGACUAUGGUGGCCAAAUUUUAGUUCUGUGGGAUCUGAAGUGUCCCUUGACUAGCCGCCAUAAACGAAGCAAAAAUAUUUGGUAUGCCAAGAUUUCUUUAGAACCAAGAUGCAAUGGACGUGAGGUGUGGGGCAAGAUUGAGUGUGUCGAUGUGCUUACCUUUCCGGACAGACCAUAUACAUGGUUUCAUUGUGUUGCUGCGUUGGUUUGA